AUGGGUCCUAAAGUGAAAAAGAACGCCGGCAAGGGCAGCAAAACAGAGGAUGUCGAAAAAGAGCCACCUCUGCAAGCUGUUGUGCAUCUGGACGCUUUCGAGGAUCGAUUCCUUCCCUUCACGCUGGAGAGACCACGAUGUCUAUUGACUCUGGCCAACACACCGCUGAUAGAGUACACCCUGGAGUGGCUAGCCAGCGUUGGCGUCGAAGAACUCUAUCUUUACAGCGGCAACCAUACAGAGCAAGUUGAGGACUACCUUAACUCAUCGAGAUGGACCAGAGACGCAUCGCCCUUCACGCUAGAGCUAAUCCAUUCACCUUCUACAUCUAUAGGUGACAAUAUGCGGAACUUGGACCAAAAGGAGAUCAUGAAAGGGGACUUCUUGUCUGUCUAUGGCGACAUUGUGGCAAAUAUCCCACUGGAAGCAGCCAUCCGAAGCCACAAGUCUCGCCGGGAGAAGAACAAGAGCGCCAUCAUGACUAUGAUCUUGCGGGAGGCGGGAGACUAUCACAGAACCAAGGACCAUCAUAUGCGCCGCUGCUUCGUCAUAGAUCCAGCUACUGACCGCUGCAUACAUUACGAACAAGUCAAGCCACGACACUCGCCACGCCUCAACAUACCCGAGGAGGUCCUCAAGGACCACGUUGAGAUUGAUAUGCGAGAAGAUUUGCUUGAUUGUGGUAUCGACAUUUGCACGCCUGAUGCUCUCGCUCAGUGGAGUGACAGCUUCGACUGGAAGAUGCCGCGCAAGGACUUUGUGCAUGGCGUGUUACAGGACUACGAGACUUUUGGCCGCACAAUCCAUACCUACAUCAUAAGUGAUGGUUAUGCAGCUCGAGCGAACACCCUGAAAACGUACAAUGCAGUCUCGAAGGAUAUCAUCUCACGCUGGGCGUAUCCCUAUGGACCGGACAUGAAUCUGAUGGCCGAUCAGUCUUUCCAAUUGCAAAAGGGCACUGUCUACAAGGAGGAUGGUGUAAUCCUAGCACGCUCGAGCAUGGUUGGGAAGAAGAGUGUUCUCGGCAAAGCUACAUCUAUAGGUGAAGGCAGCGUGGUGACAAACAGUGUGAUCGGUAGACGACGUGUGCGAAUCGAUGGUGCUUACAUAUGGGACGAUGUCAGCAUUGGAGAUGACACUAAGAUCAACACUGCCAUAGUGGCGAACGAGGUAUCAGUCGGUCGAAAAUGCGAGAUCAAGCGCGGAGCACUUCUGUCAUAUGGUGUCCAUGUAGGCGAUGGAACGACAGUAAAAGAAGACACUCGUAUCACUCGCACGAAGCGAAAGCGAGAGCACGAGAACAAUGAAUUCAGUCGUGGUCCGACUGACAACAAGAUUGUAGGCAAGGGUGGCGAAGGCUUCGAAUUACAGCUAGACGAGGAGGAGGAGGAAGUAGUCGAAGCCCUCCGCCUCGGCAUCCAGGAACUCGAUCUAACUCUCGUGGAUGACGAUAUCUCCGACCUAGACUCCGACGAGGAAACAGACACUGCAUACGAACAACGCUCAAACUCCCGCACCACGAGCUUCACCUCCAACGCCUCAGACGAAAGUGGCGAGACCCGCCGCAACAAAGCCGACUUCCACCACGAAGCGAGUUCCAGCAUAUUCGAUGCACUACAAAGAGAGCAGGAUCCAGAUAACAUCCAGCUCGAGCUCAAAGCACUACGCAUGACAAGUAACGCCGAGGACUCCCAAGUUCGUCGUGCUGUCGCCGUCGCCUUCUCCAAACGCAUCACGAACCUCAUUGAAUCUGGCAAGAGUCCGAAAGAAGCUGUCGAUAGCUCCAUCCCAGCCAACCAGCGCUUGAUCACUUCCUGCGUGAAGGAGACAGAAGAACAAGCGGAAUUUCUCUUAUUCUUGCAAACGGAUCUCGUGCACAGACCGCAGGGGAAUAAGAUUCUACUUUUCGCGGUCAACGUGUUGGCUGAGAAUGACAUGGUAGAUGGCGAGGGCCUGAAGGUGUGGUGGGAGGACGCGAGGAGUAGCGCUAGUGAGGAGUUGGAGGCGGUGAGGAAGGAGACGAAGCAGAUUGUUGAUAUCAUGGCGGACGAAUCUGAUGAGGACGAGGAUGACGAGGACGAGGAUGACGAGGACGAGGACGACGAAGAUGAAGACUGA